UCCAUGACUUUACGUACUUGGCUGGUGUAUGGGCUUGGAUUUAGUUUGAUAUCCGCUUUCUGCAUCUCACAAGUCAAUGGGUUGCAGUGCUAUGGCUGUAACAUCAUCCAGGGCCAGAGGUACGUGGACAUUGGCUGCACCAACCCAGAGGUCCUCACCUGCACACACUCACACAAGGGCUUCAAGCACCGCUUCUGCAUCAAGACAGAGAGCACGGCCCUGGGAAUUGUCCUGACCAGUGGAUGUGCCACGUCAAGACACUGCCAGCAACAUGAGCUGCCUGGGGUGCGCAUCCACUGCUGCGCCUCAGACCUAUGUAACAGUACCCCCUGCUGUCGAGCAAGCAUAUUGCAUUACAUCUGCGCCCUGGCAAGCCUGCUGCUGCUGAGGUUGUGGUUGUGAUAUGAGGUCACAACUUGUACAGGGACUCAACAAUCGAUCAAAUACAAAGAUGGAACUCGGGAUAAACCAUCUAUGAAUGACACUUUACAUAGCUAGUUCUCAGUGUCUCUUCUCAGCUCCACAUGUUAAGAGUCUGAGAGGAGGGUUGUACAACACAUACAUCAGAGCAAUGUGCAAUAGCAGCUUUUGUGACAAUGACUUUACACUGGACAAUAGCAUUGGAAUGAGUGAUCUGGGGGAUUAAUUGGCAGCUGUGACAUUCUGUAUUUAUUCAAAUUGAUAUCAUCUUAGUCCUAAUCAUCAGUACUGCUUCAGUUGCUUGUAAAGCGUAAAUCUUAACUUAUGUGGGUUAUGUUUAUUCAGGGUUAAACACUAGAUAAUACAGUAAAAUAAGGUUAAACGUAAACCGUAUUGUUUAUUCCGUUUCCUUGGAGAUGCACGCUGCAUGUUGCUUUUAUUUCAGAUUGUAAAAAUGUACAAAAUAAUAGUACAGUGAAAGCAUGUAAUGUUGUGAA